AUGCCUAGUGGGACAACAACAGAGAGUAAUCUAACCGGCCAAUCAGAAAGCUCUGAGGAGCCAUCAAGUGAUUUUCAUGUCUUAGAAGAAUCUAUUCCCAUCAAGAGGGUUUCACCUCAUUCUGAUUAUGAGGAACAACAGCCCAAGAAACCAAAGAUUGAUGCUGAUAAUCUUAGAGCUGAUUCGAGCAUAGUUUCAACUCCCACCAGGCUUCAGACGGCAGAAGCAAGGCUUUUAUAUGUCCACUUCUUACUUAUUAAAAUUGUUGAUCCUUGGCCGCCGGCAACUCUGCACUUUGGCUCUCACUAUGUCCGAUUCCGGGAGAUUGUUCUCAAUGAUUCUCGAGCGAAUGGGUGGCAUUAUUUUGCACCCAAUGAUGAGGCUGACACUUUCAGUGCUCACAAUCUGUGUGCACCUAGAGUUUCGUAUGGACCGGUUUACUAUAAGCAUGGGCUUGGGCUUAUGUUCCACACCUACUUGGACAUCGUGUGCACUGCUAUGGAGAACAUUAACCAUUUGAAUCGUCCACCUUUCCUAAUUCGUAAAGCUCACGACACUCAAGCAAUGGUGAAUCAGUAUGCAGUUGCAAGUGCUAUAAGUAAGAUCCAUCUUUAUACAAGAGAAAAUCUUAAUGGAAGAGCAAUACCUUCCACUAAGAUUCCCUCUUGUGACACGAUAAAGACGGAUCUUACUUAUGGCACUUGCAACUGCAUACUGAUCCAGUGGUGUUAG